AAGAUUUAUCUUUUUAAAUCUUGAGCAAUCAGCAAGAUGAGCAUCGGUCAAAUACGCGCACGUUUGGAAGAGAUUCUACAAUUUAUGCAGCCGCAUUGGGAGUUUGUCAACUGCCACAUGGUUAGUUAUUUAACUGAAAAAUAUUGGCAACGUUACAUGCCAGAUGAACUGAAAAUUGAAGUUCCCGAUGUGGAGAGUGUUCAAAGCUGCAUUGAAACAGUUUUUUGGAAAAAUGCGAACAAAGGUGUGGAUACUGACGAAUUUAGUGGUUUCAAAAGAUUUCUAGGCACAUGCGAGCGCCAACGUCUAGAUAAAUGUGUCGAUCUAUUAACACCAAUGGAAGUUUUAUUUAAAGAGCUCGGUUUAGCUGCAGACUUAGAGCAAAAUCUAAGCAUUAAAGAAUUCAUGAGUGAAAAGAAAAGACAUGAGGUUGAGAUAACUGCUACAUUAGUUGAUCGCUUGAUUCAAAGUAGCGUAGCGCAUAGAGAUACUACUGAAGUUUUCGUUGUCGAUGCUGGCGAUGGCAAAGGUUACCUAUCAUCUCGCCUAGCAUUGCAGUAUGGCCACCGUGUGCUUGGUAUAGACUUCCAAGAAUUAAACACAGAAAGCGCUCUAGAACGUAACCGAAAGCUUCAGCGCGUUUGGAAUGGAUUGGUGAAACGUUCAGGGUUACAGCAACAGGGCUUAACGCCCGCGCGACGUGGAAAGAAACCGGCAACUAACGAAAAUACUUCGUACAAACCCGUUGAAAGUUUAAUUAAACAAGGCGCACUCUACAAAACAACAGCCGCGUUUAUCACCCCUGAUAUAAAUAUAUCUGAAUUGCUGAAACAACACUUUCCAGACGCCGCCGAUACAUCAUAUAUCUGUCUAACUGGUCUACACACCUGCGGCAACUUGGCGCCCACAUGCCUACGAGUUUUUCACGAACAAGCGCAGUGCAAACUAAUCUGCAAUAUUGGCUGCUGUUAUCACCUCCUGCAAGAAGAAUACGCUAAGCCAGAUUAUUUUGAAAAUGAAAAGGUUUCCGCGCUUCAAACCACAACCGGGUUUCCAAUGAGCCAAUUUCUACGUGACAAGCGCAUAGCCCUUGGCCGUAACGCGCGCAUGUUAGCCACACAAUCGUUAGAACGCGUCACUAGCGAGCGUAGCUCAAUGAAUAUUUCGCUCUAUUAUCGGGCACUAUUAGAAGUAUUGAUUUGGGAGAGUGCCAGCGAUUUAAAACAAAAAGUGCAAGUAGGCAAAAUACGAAAGUACACCAAUUUUUGCGAGUAUAUUGAGCUUUGUAGUAAAAAACUUUCUACAUCUAAUGCCGACUUGCAUUGGAGUGCGGAAUCUAUUGAAAGAGUGCAGCAGCAGUAUGCAUUUGAUGCGCAUUAUAUGCAUUUAUUCCACUUGAUGCGCAUGUGUUUUGCACAAGUGCUAGAGAGUCUAAUAUUGUUAGAUCGGCUGUUAUAUCUCAAAGAAUUGGGAUAUGAGAAAAGUUAUUUGCUAUCGGUAUUUGAUGCAGUUAUAUCACCGCGGCGCUUUGGCAUUAUCGCGGUGAAGGACGCGGAUAGAUGACGUCAAUAAUGUAGGCUACAUGCUUGACAACAUACCUAAACCCGCAAUUGUAAAACACCGGUUGAAUGAGCUGCUGAAUAAAAUUAAAAGCAAACAUAUACACACUAUUAAAUACGUUAUUAAAUAAAUCGCUAAUUACACACAAGAUAA